GCCAAAUCAUCAUGCCAUCAAAGAUGAGAUCCGAUGAGGUGUAUGGUGACUUUAACCAGCCUGACACCAAAAUGCAGAAGUCAAGUCACAAGGUGCAGGCAGGGUCCUCUCACCAAAAGAAUGACAAGCUGAAGAAAUUCAUGAAGGGGACGGCCAAAGCCCUGGGGGUUAUACAGGUCGUGAUUGCUCAAAUGAACUUUUUCUGUGGAAUAGCUAUGAUGUUCGAGAGAGAUGAGCUCUAUCUUUUAUAUUUAGCGUAUUCUUUCUGCGGAAGCAUAUCUUUCAUUAUUUCAGGAUCCCUCUCAAUUGCAGCUGGACAAAAAUCCACAUGUCUGGUACAAGGCAGCCUGGCCACGAAUUUUGUUAGCUCCAUAUUCUCCGGAGCCGGGAUUAUCCUCCUCUCAAUCUGUAUUAUCUAUACAAGAUAUUGGAGCAAUGUUUUGAAUUCCUUUUGGAGAAUUGGGCUGGUGAUCUUAAGCAUUCUGGAAUUCUGCACUGCGCUUUCUUUCACAAUCUUUGUUUGGAAAGCAUCUUGCAGUGACUUGGAUCAGGAUGUCACUAAUAAGCCUGCUGAUUCUAAAAAGUCAGAGGCAGCGCCCCAGGUCUAUCAAGGCUUGAGAUAUCAUUCCCCGGACUAUGAAGAAAUAAGACUUUUUAAUUGAAAUUUGAUUUACUCUGCCAUAAAAUAUUCAAGAGGCAGCGAUACCCCUCCCUAAGCUUAUGCAUCAGGAAGCUGCAUCAAAUGCACCAUGUAAUUUGGAUAAAUGCACUCUGUGAAUGGGUUUUCUGCUUAAGCUCCUUUGCCCUUACCAUUGUUGGAAAGAGCAAAUCCAAUAAAUGA